CAUAUGCAUUGUUAAACGGACUUAGUCCAAAUCAGCCCAUGGAUCCCAAUGAUCCACCGGGAUGAACCCAACCCAACCCGACCCAAUUAUUUUCAUUUUUGGGCUGACCCAAGCCCAAGUACUUCACUGUUUCCUUCGUCUCUCUCUCUCUCUCUCUCUCUGAGCUUCAUCGGAUCCGAAAAAUGUCGACGAUGAGCCUACUCAGAGCCGCGGCGAAAUCCCACCGUCUGAUCCGAACCAGCAACCAAAAUCGAGGGCUUUCGUUGCUCCUUCGCGACUCGCCGAUGCAUUUCUCGACCGAAGCUGCAGAUCAUCAGCCCAGUAGCCAGGACAACCCUUCCGUUGAUUCUUUUCUUCGCCCCCCAACCAAAGGUUUUGUUUAUGGCAAAUUGGUUGGCACUACAAAGCACACAACAAAGAGUGAUAUUCUCAAUUUUCUUGAAGAUUGUGGGUUGAGUUUGGAUGAUCUCAGAGUGGACUAUAGUCACUAUCCCAGAGUCUACAUGCCAACUGGAAUGAUGAUUCAAUUCUCUUCUCAGGAUGCAUUUGAUGCUGCUAUCAAGGCUAAUAAUAGGAAGGGUCGCUUGUAUAGGUUGGACAGGGCUGAUCGGUCUCAGUGGGAUGGUAUUACACCCUAUGAUGGAAAAGUUGUGUUGCUGCAAGGAAUCCCUCGAAAUGCGGUUCCAGAUGACGUAGAGCGAUUUCUUUCUGGAUGUGUUUACGAUGCAUCCACAAUGCAAAUAUUUGUCAGGCCAUCGCCGUACCUGAUUAGAAUGGCAACUGUACACUUCCCGUCAAAGACACAAGCAAUGCAUGCCUUCAUUACGAAGAACAGAGGGUUCUGUCUCAAUAGUCAAAUCUUGGUGAGAGUUCUCCAUUAACAACUUAUUCCCAUUUAGACUCUUGUAGUUCUUAUUUGUAGCCAUAUUUGAACUGAAAAUGGUUAGGUAUUGCAGCACAACUUCAAAUUAGACUUGCUUGUUCUCAAGUUUGCUUGGAAUUUUCCCAUUAAUGAGAAGGGUUUGGUGUCUGAUGUUUGUUUUU